CUUUUCCUUUUUUUACUUGAAUUUGUUUGAUGUUUGAGCUUUUUGUUUUUGGGACGAAAUUUAAUGUUCUGGAUUGCAUUCUCAAGUUUCAAAUUUUAGAGGAAAUCCAAGCACAGAUUGAGGGCUUUGCAGCCAAUCAAUGGCGGAACAGAAGAACAAAUGGAACUGGGAGGUGAGUGGGUUCGACCCAUGGAAGUCUCCGACUUCGUCUUCCUCUUCUUCAUUUGAGCAACACGAUCAGAAGCCCCCUGCACCAUUGGUAAGGAGGUAUUCCAUCUCCACCUCCUCGGUUCUUCCGCACUCAGAGAUGUCCAAACACUCCAUGGCCUCCAAGCUUCACCGAUUGGGGGACAAAGUUAAGCUCGCUAGAGAAGACUACCAGCAGUUAAGGCAAGAGGCGAGUGAACUUCAAGAAUACUCAAAUGCAAAACUUGACCGCGUUACCCGAUACCUUGGUGUUCUUGCAGACAAGACCCGCAAGUUGGAUCAAGCUGCCCUUGAAACUGAAACCAGAAUUUUGCCAAUUAUCAACGAGAAGAGGAGAUUGUUCAAUGACUUGUUGACAUCUAAAGGAAACAUCCGAGUAUACUGCCGUGCAAGACCAUUAUUUGAAGAUGAAGGUCCCUCAGUUGUUGAAUUCCCAGAUGAAUAUACUAUUCGUGUAAACACUGGUGAUGAAUCAUUGUCCAACUCCAAGAAAGAUUUUGAAUUUGAUCGUGUCUAUGGACCUCACGUUGGACAAGCCGAAUUGUUUAACGAUGUUCAGCCACUGGUGCAGUCAGCUUUGGAUGGAUACAAUGUCUCCAUAUUUGCAUAUGGGCAGACACAUUCUGGAAAGACACACACUAUGGAAGGACCAAGCUAUGAUCGAGGUUUAUAUGCUCGUUGUUUUGAAGAAUUGUUUGAUUUGGCCAAUUCAGAUUCAACUUCUACUUCUCAAUACAAGUUCUCUGUUACAAUUUUUGACCUUUAUAAUGAACAGACAAGGGAUCUACUUUUGGAGUCGGGGAAAAGCAUGCCCAAACUCUCUUUAGGAUCACCACAAUAUUUUGUGGAACUGGUGCAGGAAAAAGUUGAAAACCCUAUUGACUUUUCUAGGGUUUUGAAAAAUGCAUUUCAGAAGCGAGGAAAUGAUUUAUCGAAGAUUAAUGUCUCUCAUUUGAUUGUCACAAUACAUAUAUUUUAUGACCAUUUGAUCACUGGGGAAAGCUCAUAUAGCAAACUUUCUCUGGUUGACUUGGCUGGAAGUGAAGGUCUGAUAACAGAAGAUGAUAGCGGGGAGCGUGUGACAGAUUUGCUGCAUGUUAUGAAGUCACUGUCAGCGUUGGGGGAUGUUUUGUGCUCUUUGACCUCAAAGAAGGAUAUUGUUCCUUAUGAGAAUUCAGUGCUUACAAAUCUGCUUGCAGAUUCAAUUGGUGCGAGUUCCAAAACUCUGAUGAUGGUAAAUGUCUGUCCAAAUGUUAAAAAUUUGUCCGAGACAUUAUCAUCUCUCAAUUUCUCGGCUAGAGCUCGAAAUUCUGUAUUAAGCCUAGGAAAUCGAGAUACAAUUAAGAAGUGGAGAGAUGUUGCAAAUGAUGCGCGGAAGGAGUUGCAUGAGAAGGAAAAUAAAGUCCAAGGUCUGAAACAAGAGGUUUUAGGACUGAAGCAAGCAUUGAAAGAAGCUAAUGAUCAGUGUGUCCUACUCUUCAAUGAAGUACAGAAGGCGUGGAAAGUUUCUUCUGCCUUGCAGACAGAUUUAAAGGCAGAGCAUAUUAUGUUAGUGGAUAAGCAUAAGAUAGAAAAGGAACAAAAUGCUCAGCUUAGAAAUCAAGUGGCUCAAUUGCAUCAGUUAGAACAAGAGCAGAAAUUGCAUAUACAAGAGCAAGAUUCAACCAUCCAAAGUUUACAGUUUCAACAUGAUCGUUUGUUUCCUUUGCUGGCUUAUCAAAGUACUUACUAUUACAGGCUCAAAUCAAGGACUCUUGAAACGCAACUCAAUGAAGCCGUGAAGUCGAACGGACCUUGUUCAACAUUUGACUCCAAGCCAAAUUCUGGAGCUCUAUCCAAUGCCAGAGGAGAUGGCAUGGAUUCUUCUGCAGUUACCAAGAAACUAGAAGAGGAACUCAAGAAACGAGAUGCUCUGAUUGAGAGGUUGCAUGAAGAAAAUGAGAAGUUGUUUGAUAGGUUGACUGAGAAAGCAUCGCUGGCUGUGACUCCUCAGCUUUCAAGCCCAUCAUCUACAGGGACAACUAAUGCUCAACCUCAAGAUGCAGGGAGGAAUGACACCAAUAAUACAAGAGCUCGUUCUAUGGAUGCCCUUCCUUCACCUGUGGCCUCGGAUAAAAAUGAUGGAACUGUUGCCUUAGUUAAAGCUGGCUCUGAAAAAGUUAAGACUACCCCUGCAGGUGAAUAUCUUACUGCUGCACUGAAUGACUUUGAUCCAGAUCAAGAUGAAGGCCUUGCUGCCAUUUCUGAUGGUGCAAACAAGCUUUUGAUGCUGGUUCUAGCUGCUGUAAUUAAAGCCGGUGCCUCCAGAGAGCAUGAGAUACUUGCUGAGAUUAGGGAUGCUGUUUUCUCUUUUAUUCGAAAAAUGGAACCAAAGCGAGUAAUGGACACGAUGCUUGUUUCUCGUGUUAGAAUUCUGUAUAUAAGGUCUUUACUUGCUAGAUCGCCAGAACUGCAAUCCAUCAAGGUCUUGCCUGUUGAGUGCUUUCUUGAAAAAGCUAACACUGGGCGCAGUAGAAGUUCAAGCCGGGGGAAUAGUCCUGGAAGAUCCCCUGUGCAAUAUGUUGAUGAGCAGAUCCAAGGAUUUAAAGUUAAUCUGAAGCCAGAGAAGAAAUCCAAAUUUUCAUCUGUUGUAUUAAAGAUACGUGGAAUUGAUCAGGACACCUGGAGACAGCAGGUAACUGGUGGGAAGCUUAGGGAAAUUACUGAAGAAGCCAAAAGCUUCGCAAUUGGGAACAAGGGUCUUGCUGCGCUCUUUGUGCAUACUCCAGCUGGUGAGCUGCAGCGGCAAAUUAGAUCCUGGCUUGCAGAGAACUUUGAUUUUUUAUCUGUUACUGGAAAUGAUGCACCCGGGGGGUCAGCUGGUCAGUUGGAGCUUCUUUCAACUGCAAUUAUGGAUGGUUGGAUGGCAGGACUCGGGGCUGCCAUGCCUCCCAAUACUGAUGCUCUUGGCCAGCUUUUAUUUGAAUAUUCAAAACGCGUCUAUACUUCUCAACUGCAGCACCUGAAGGAUAUUGCUGGUACCUUGGCAACUGAAGAGGCUGAAGAUGUUGCACAAGUAGCCAAGCUGCGUUCAGCUCUUGAAUCUGUUGAUCACAAGAGAAGAAAGAUUUUGCAGCAAAUGAGAAGUGAUGUGGCUUUGCUGAAAUUGGACGAUGGUGGCUCACCAAUUCAAAGUCCUUCUACUGCAGCUGAAGAUGCCCGAUUAGCAUCCCUCAUUGCACUUGAUGGCAUAUUAAAGCAAAUCAAGGAUAUAACUGCACAGGCUAAUGUGAAUGCCUUGAGCGGCAGUAAGAAAAGAACAAUGCUUGCUUCUCUGGAUGAACUAACACAAAGGAUGCCUUCGCUUCUUGAAAUUGAUCAUCCAUGUGCUCAGAAGCAAAUUGCAGAUGCUUGCCGCAUGAUUGAGUCUAUUCCCGAAGAUGACCGUAUUCAGGAUCUACCACAUGCUCGGAAGGCAUCAACUGAUGUGGGGUCUGGAAUUGAAACUGACGUGGCACAAUGGAAUGUUCUUCAAUUUAACACAGGCUCUUCCACACCAUUCAUAAUCAAAUGUGGAGCAAACUCGGACUCAAAAUUAGUCAUCAAAGCCAAUGCUCGAGUUCAGGAACCUACAGGUGGUGAGAUUGUGAGGGUCGCCCCGAAACCAUCCAUUUUGGAAAAUAUGAGCUUGGAGGAGAUGAAACAUGUGUUUUCUGAUCUCCCAGAGGCUCUGAGCUUGCUUGCCCUAGCCAGAACAGCUGAUGGAACUCGAGCAAGGUAUUCUAGAUUAUACAGGACCUUGGCUUUGAAGGUCCCAUCGUUGAGGGAUAUGGUUAGUGAGCUUGAAAAAGGUGGUGUACUGAAAGAUGUGAGGACAUAAACUUCUGAUUGGAGAGUUACUUGAGUCGGUUGUAAAUCUUACAUGAUGAGACAUUAUAUCUGAGGACCCAAUUCUUUACAAAUUUAGGCUCAAGAACUUCAAAGAUCAUAAUUAUUUUUCAUGAUCAAAGUUGCCAUAAUAUUUUAUAA